AUGGGGUCUGACGCUACUUCUGUGGCAAAGCCACGAAAGAAUAUCACCCCGCCCGAGCGUGCUGAGGUUAUCGCUUUCCUCCUGCGGGUCAGCAUUGAGCUACGCCCGCCUCCAGGCGCGAUCGGCUCCAGCGCGACUAAGUAUGGAUGUAGUACUGACCAGAUUUCGCGAUUGUGGCGCCGGACUACCAAGGACAUCAAAGCAGGAGAGCCGAUCAACUACAACAGCGGCAGGAAGGGAAAGAGUGGCCGCAAGACGCGUUUAACGCCGGAGUUCCGCCACGCCCUCAACGACGCCAUCGAACUUAUCCCGCUAGAAGACAGGUCAGAUAUUCGUACUUUGGCGAAUACACUCGGUAUUCCAAAGUCUACGCUGCAUGACUACUUUCUCGCUGGAGUAUUUCGUUGCCACACAGCUCGCGCCAAGCCGAUGCUUACUGACAAGCAGCGUAUCGAUCGAGUCAAAUUUGCUGCUAGUUUUGUGCAGCGUGGUCCCGGUGUCUGUAUUCGAUUCGACAGUAUGAUGGAAUACGUACAUUUAGACGAGAAGUGGUUCUACUUGAAGAAGGACAAGCAACGGUUCUAUCUUGGAGAGCACGAAGAGGAGCCCUACAUCACCGUGAAGAACAAGAACUACAUGAUCAAAGUGAUGUUCCUUGCGGCAGUGGCUCGCCCGCGAUGGUCUGCGAAGAAUCAUUGUAUUUGGGAUGGAAAGAUCGGUGUGUGGCCGUUUGCUGUUUAUGAGCCUGCAGAGCGAUCCAGCAAGAAUCGAGCGGCUGGGACUUUGGAGCUAAAGACAUACACUGUCGAUCGCGACAUUUAUCGACAAGCGCUUUGCCGGAUGGUCAUACCGCGCAUCAAAGCGGUAUGGCCAUCAGGCAAGCGGGUCGUGCUGCAACAGGAUAACGCCAAACCGCACGUCACGGUUGAUGACCCCGAAGUGCUCAGCUGGCGGCUGGGAUAUGAAGCUUACCGCGCAACCAGCCAAUUCACCGGAUUUCAAUGCGAAUGA